AUGAUAACUCACUUGCAGUUCCUACUCUGUAUCUUACCAAUACUGUUAGCAACAACUAGUGCUACUACCGCUUCUGCUGUCAUGUUCUCUGGUAGUGAGGAAGAUUUAUAUGCUGAAAUCUUGAGAGACGAGGCUGUGGCAAGACUCAAUCAACUUGGAAAGGUGAGCGAUGCUGAUGGUUAUCUCGAGAGGACCUUUAUGAGCCCAGCUUCUGUAAGGGCAUCGAAUUUAAUUCGCUCUUGGAUGGAGGAUGCUGGUUUGACGACAUGGGUGGACCAUAUGGGCAAUGUACAUGGUCGAGUUGAGGGAUUAAAUGCAGGUGCUGAGGCUCUAUUGAUUGGUUCUCAUUUGGAUACUGUUGUUGAUGCUGGGAUAUUUGAUGGGUCACUAGGUAUAAUCUCAGCAAUAUCAGCUCUAAAGGUUUUGAAAAGCAAUGGAACUUUGACAAAUCUAAAGCGCCCGGUCGAGGUCAUUGCAUUUAGUGAUGAGGAGGGAGUGAGGUUUCAAUCAACUUUCCUUGGCAGCGCUGCUGUAGCUGGUAUUUUACCAGUUUCAGGAUUGCAGAUAUCUGAUAAGAGUGGUGUAAAUGUGCAAGAUGCUCUUAAGGAGAAUUCCAUUGCAAUCACAGAAGAAAGUCUAUUUCAGCUCAAGUAUGAUCCACGAACUGUUUGGGGUUAUAUUGAGGUUCACAUUGAACAAGGACCAGUACUAGAAUGGGUUGGUUUUCCCCUCGGUGUGGUUAAAGGCAUUGCUGGACAGACACGGCUAAAGGUUACAGUGAGAGGUUCACAAGGACAUGCUGGAACAGUCCCAAUGUCCUUGCGUCAGGACCCCAUGGCUGCUGCUGCUGAACUAAUCGUAUUGGUGGAAAGUAUAUGCAAAAAUCCUAAAGAUUUUCUAUCUUAUGAUGGUCAUUGCGAUGGUUCCACAGUGGAAUCUCUUUCCAAUUCCCUUGUCUGUACUGUUGGAGAGAUAUCCACCUGGCCAAGUGCAAGCAAUGUCAUUCCAGGCCAGGUUACUUUUACUGUGGAUUUACGUGCGAUGGAUGACAUGGGACGUGAAGCUAUUCUUUACACAUUAUCUAAUCGAAUGUAUGAAAUAUGUGAGAGGCGUUCUGUUUCUUGCAUCAUUGAACGUAAGCAUGAUGCAAAUGCUGUAAUCUGUGAUUCAGAAUUAACUUCACAGCUGAAGUUUGCAGCCAAUGCUGCUCUGAAGAGAAUGACUGGCGAGAUUCAAGAUGAAGUUCCUAUACUGAUGAGUGGAGCAGGACAUGAUGCAAUGGCCAUGUCUCAUCUGACAAAGGUUGGAAUGCUAUUUGUCCGCUGUCGAGGAGGCGUAAGCCACUCUCCUGCAGAGCAUGUACUGGAUGAUGAUGUUUGGGCUGCUGGUUUGGCAAUCUUAGCAUUUCUCGGGACGCACAUGUAA